UUUAAAAAAAAAUUUGAAAAGAGAUUUUAUAUUACUUUGUUGAUGAUGAAAACUUGUGUUCUUUCAAACUCAAUUCAUUAUGUUGACAAUACAUGUAAUGUGUGUAGAAAAAGGUAAUUAUACUGUUAUUAUUCAAGGGGUUGAAGUACAAAGUUCUCCAAAUUUUUUAUAUAUAUUUACAGUAUCCAAAUAAAUAUAAAUAUACAGUGUUAUAAACAAAUUUAUAAAUUCACAUUCAGUCAACCAGCAACCACGUAUUAUUUUGCGGCAAUUUUGUCUCCAGAAUCGUCUCUGCUUAUCUUGGACCAAGUACUUUUUGCCAUAUAUCUUUCAAGAUUAACAUUAGUUCAAUGUCAAAAAAAUGAUCUUUCCAAAGGCUAAUUUGACAGAUGUAUCCCCACAACAUCCGUAUUAUUUUUGCAGCUUCAGUAUACAAACAGCUACAUAAGCAAUUACCCUUAAUUAAUCAGGCUUAUGUAUCAUUUAUUGGUUUAUGAUUAUGAAUAUUUUUUGAUGUGAUUAAAUGAUGCAUUCAUAACUAAAAUUUAUUGUUUUUAAUGGAGUAUUAUAUACUCUAUGAAAAAUUGGGAAAUCAAUCUAUUAAAAUCUAUUUUUUUUUUUAAAUUACCGAUUUAUAUUCGUUUUAUCCUUUUUUCUUUAAUAUGGAAAAUAAUUCACCGUCUACAUUUUUACGCGUUAUGGUCGUUUUGGGUUAAGAAGGUAAAAUCUAAAGAGCUAUAAAUAGGGAUCUUCAGUAACACUUGAGUUGAAUCUACACUAAACAAGUGCAUUAGAAAAAUCACACAUGUCUCUCUCUACCUCCGUUGUUGUUGCACGUGUAUUGUCCUCUUCCACCGCCGUGAAACGCAAACGCGAAGACGAGAUCCCUCGAGAUAAACCCAUGCCUAUGGCUAUGCAUAAAGAAAACGACGAGCAACCGCCUCCUCCAUCUUGGGAGGUUCUAAACGCUAUUAGUCAUUACAUGGACCCUGAGACUCUCGCCGUCGCCUCUUGCGUCUCGACCACGUGGCUAAAGUGUUUCUCCUCGGAGAAUCUAUGGAAGUCCAUCAUGACCGCGCGGUCCUCACAACGCUCUUGUCCAUACGAGAUUGCCUUGGAACACACGGAAGGGGGCAUCAUCUCGUACAAACGCCUCGUCUCCGCCGUUGAAAGAGACGCGAAACGUAGACGCAAAGGUCAGCUCGAGGAAGCCGUCAAGAUAUCACUCUCUGAUCUCAGCUUCAUCAUCCACGUGUCAACUAAAACAAAGAAAGCGUCGGUUUACAAAAAGGGUAAAGAUCUCGUGUUUGAUCCUAACGACAAGUUUCAGAUUGAAGUCGACGUAAGCAAGGCUGGUAUCACUGCAGGGGAGGAUGAGGUAAGAGUGACGUGGCAGAUUAUGUACAAGGAGAAGUUCUUCACGGUGGCAGAUACUGUAAGAUCGUUGGACACGAAGUAUGGGUGGUUCGUUGAUAAGCUGGAGUAUAAAGAUAACCGUAAGCUGGUAGGCGACGUUAAGACGAGUUUUAAGGAGGAUGUUCUUGAGAAGAUUGGAUUUGCGAUAGUAGAUUCGGAUGGUUGGGGAUCUCUGUUAGUUGACGGGUUUUUGAGGUAUCUUCAACGGUUUUUGUUGGAAUAAUAAUAGUCUCGGUGGAGUAGAUCAGUACAAGUCUCAAGUAGAUGGUUUAGCAAAGUUAUUUUAAUGUUGUUGUAGUUCCCUCUUUGCUAUGUACUCUAUAACCAGUGAAGUUCAAUAAGCUAUACACUUGCCUCUUGCUUGAAAGAAAACUAUAUAAUAUAAAACAAAUAAGUUAGUAUUCA